ACACGAGUGGUGUGACCCCCUUCCCACUCAAACGUCAAACCCUAUUCCCCCUACUUUUUUUCCCCCUUCCUGCCCUAAUAAUCUCUCUUCUUCGAGAAAUUGAAAUUCCAAUCCAAUCCAACUCUCAAUGAUAUCCGCCGAAUACGAUCUUAGGGUUUAUUCAUGGAGCUGAAUUUGAUGAUUACUUGGAUUCGCUAACCGUAGAUUUCUCUCAAUCCUCCAUGGAGGGCUCUGUGGAGGAUCUCGGAGCCCCCCCUGAUUCCUGGGAGGUGGCGGACUUGGAGGCCAGCGUUACCAGAUUGAUGCUCUCUUCCCACAACAACAACUCUUUUUCUUCGAAUCCGCCAUCUUCGUCUUCGUCUUCGUUGAGCUCUGCUUCUCAUGAUCACCUUGUUUAUGGUUCAGCUUCUUCGGCUUCUUCUUCGCUUGUUAUGGUUCAGAAGGUUGGAGACGUUUCCGAAGAUGUAAUCAAUUCCGUGGAUCAGUUCCUUCGCGAAGCCCUGCAGAACCCUCGGGAGAGGCUUUCUGUUCUAAGGAUGGAGCAAGAUGUUGAAAAGUUCAUCCAGGAUCCUACUCAACAGCAAAUGGAGUUCCAGCAACUGCCAACUUCCUAUCUACGGUUGGCUGCACACCGUGUGGCCCAACACUACUCAUUGCAGUCAAUGGUUUUAUUGGAUAAUAAUGUACCUGAUGGUUCUGGUUCCAGAAUUAUUGUCCGCAAGAAUUCUGAGUAUCAGCCUCCUUUAAUUCGCCUGGCAGACAUCCCUGUAAAUUUACCAAUGGAAGAUAGUGGUGACAUUAAGGUUGCUAUUAAGCAGAGGCCACAGAAAAAGUCACCUUCUGUUAGUGGUGUAAAUUCACAUUCAAUAAAGUCCAAUAAUUCAAGAAGUGUGGAGGAGAGGAAAGAGGAAUACAACAGGGCUCGUGCACGGAUAUUUAGCUCCAGUAGUUUUAGUGGGGGUACUGGUGGGAGACCAGAAAGUGAACCAAGGAGGCAGGAUAAUAAUUUCCACCAAGAUUCAUCAGGGAUAUCAAAGGCGGAAGAGAAAUGUGUUCCAGGAGGAUCUGAUGUUAACGUUAGCAGGGGUUUAAUUGAUUCUCCAACUAGUAGCAGUAGAUUAGCUAGAAGUCGGACAGAGGAGCCAGUUGGUAGGUCUAGAACAAACAGUAGGGUGGCUAUUUUCCGGGACCGUGAUGGUGACCGCAAGGACCCUGAUUAUGAUCGAAACUACGACAGAUAUAUGCAAAGAUUUGACCCUGGAUUUGGGUUCAAUGGAGGUCCAUAUACCGUUCAGCCUUUGUACUCCCCUGUAUUGAACUACAACACUGAAUUUCCACAACUUGGGUCAGCUCAUAACCCUUUGAUAUCUACUGAACACCAACCUCGGUCACUCCCUCAACAUUUACCGGGGUCAUGGACUGCAGCACCAUCAACCCCUGCUGGAAUUGGUUAUGGUCAUCCAGAUGCCAUGAUGACCCUAUUUAGUCAGAAUCAUGUGGGUGCACGCUCCACCUCUGCCUUGUAUUUGCAUGCAGGUCAAUAUCUUUGUCAGCGCCCUGGAAUGCCAUUCAUCCACCCUCAUGAACAGGUGCACCAACCCUUUUCACAGUCUCAUCAGCAGCAACCUGAUGCAAGUUUUGGAUUAGCCCGGCCCCGGUGAGGGGCGUGGGCCAUGCCUGCACCCUGCCAGCACGUUCUGAGCUUGAAAUGUGAACAGGCGUGCUAAAGUGCAGCCACAUAUUAUCUCAAUUGGCAGGUGUGCAGGCAUAUGCAGCCGAGGUGGGUUGGAGCGGACAUAUAAAUCGUACAUUCACUUUCUUUGAUCCAUUCCACCAAUCUGGCUUUCAAUGAGAGCUUCUUGUGUAUCGAUGAAGCUCACUGGUUGGCAGUUUCCUCGAGUUCCCUGAGAGCUAUGCUAUACCACUGAUGAUGAUGAAGAAUGAAAUUAGGAAAUGAAUCUACCAGAGUUGAGAAAACAAAAGCAUGUAUUUGUUCGGACGAAGCACCAGAAAGUGCCAAAAAGAAAUCUGGAUGAAAAUUAUAAUUCAAGAAAGAGGUGGCUCUUAGUUUCUGCCCCCUGGACACUUCAGUGCAACCCGGCUGUAUUCUUACAAGAAGGCUUUGGUCAUCACUUUUUUACUGGUUUAUUGCAAACUAUUUCAAAACUAAUAUUGCAAACCAUAUAAUGCACUAUGUAGAUAUUUGAUUUGAUCUUAAAUUGUGUCCUUGCUCUACUGUUCACAGUUAAUUCAGACAAGUAUUUCCCAUAUGCAUUGCAACAAUCCAAUUCUGUUGUGUUAGGGAACUUGGAAUAUCCACCUUUUAAUUGAAAUGAAACAACCCUACUUUAACUUUAAA